GUCGCCAUCGUCUCAAAACAAGCACACUCGAAUUGAGAAAUUUCCGCAUCUUUACCGCUUUUUACAACAUUUGAGUCGAUAAAACCCUCGAAUUUCGCAUCAGGAGCCGCAACAUGGUAUUGGAAGACUUUUAUUUGCGUUACUACGUCGGGCACAAGGGCAAAUUCGGGCACGAGUUCUUGGAGUUUGAGUUUCGCCCGGACGGCAAGUUGCGUUAUGCCAACAAUUCCAACUACAAAAACGACACAAUGAUCCGAAAAGAGGCUUACGUUCAUGGAUCUGUCAUGGGAGAGCUGAAGCGCAUCAUUCAAGACUCAGAAAUUAUGGCGGAAGAUGAUUCUUUAUGGCCUCCUCCAGAUCGCGUAGGUCGUCAAGAACUCGAAAUUGUCAUCGGAGACGAACACAUUUCAUUCACAACAAGCAAAACUGGUUCAUUGGUCGAUGUUAAUCAAUCAAAGGAUCCCGAAGGACUUCGUUGCUUCUACUACCUCGUUCAAGAUUUGAAAUGUUUGGUUUUCUCACUCAUCGGCUUGCAUUUCAAGAUUAAGCCUAUAUAAAAAGGAGCAUUUUUUUCGGAGAAAUGGCGAUUUAAUUUAACCAAGAGGACAAAUUUAUACUAAAAUUAACUUAAUUAUUUCCCGUGUGGUCGUAAAAAACUCAAAAAUUUAAGAAAAGUAUCUAAUAAAGUCAGAAAAUAACACAAAUAGGAGGAUU